AUGAAAUCAACAACCAUGAGUAGUCAGAAGGUUAUAGUAGUUGGCUGCGGAGUUUUUGGCUUAUCUACGGCUUUAGCUUUUGCAAAAAAGGGAUAUCGAGUGACUGCUUUAGAUUCCUUCGAGACACCUUCCCCAUGGUCAGCCGCUAAUGAUCUAAAUAAAAUCAUACGUAUCGAGUAUCCCGAUGAGAUCACGGCAAAGUUGUCAGUGGAAGCAUUGCAAAUGUGGGAAAGUUCGCCUAUAUACAAAAACUGCUUCGUGAAGUCAGGAAGAUUUGUGUUAAGUCCUUUCGACUCUUCAUCUAAAAGAUCAGAAUAUGAAAAAAGAAGUUACGAUAUUAUUGAGCUGCUUGGUGUCAAGCAGCGCAUUGUUAAAGUUACUAACCGAAACGAUUUAGAAUCGUUAGUCCCCCAAUUUAAAAACAACAAUUUACCUGAAAACUUUAACGCAACGUAUAAUUAUGACUGUGGUGUGGGACUCUCUUCGAAAGCUCUUCGAGAAACAUUUAACCUAGCUAAAGCAGAGGGCGUGAAUUUUAUUUUUGGUGAAGACGGUAAAGCCACAGGGAUACUGGAUAAUAUGGUCACAGUAGCCUCUGGAAAGGAGUACUUCUCCGAUAUCAUUUUAGUGGCUGCCGGAGCAGCUUCAGGAUUUCUAGUUCCAUUAGAUCGUCAAGUCAAGCCCUUUGCAGCUUUUGUUACACACAUCAAACUUACUCCUGAAGAAUAUGAGAAGUACAAAGACAUUCCUAUCUUUUUCAGUGCUGAGAUUGGAUAUUUCUUUCCUCCAGAUGAGGAAAGCCAUGAAAUUAAACUUGCUCUUACAACAUGUGAUGGCUAUGCCCUAGAAUCAGAUCCAUUCAAACCUAACGAGAAAGUUAGACUUCCACAUUUUAACACCGACUACCCUUCACAGACAUUUCCUGAAUGCGGAAAGAAAGAUAUCGCUAAAGUCUUGAAUCUAAUUGUUCCUGAUCUAGCUUCACACAGUUUAGUCAACUCAAAGACAUGUUGGACAUCAGAUUCUUGUGACAGCUAUUUUCUAAUCGACAAGUGCCCUUAUUAUAAAGGAGUUUAUGUGGCGACGGGAGAUUCGAGCCAUGCCUUUAAAUUCUUGCCUAAUAUUGGGAAAUAUAUUGUCCAAAGGAUUGAAGGAACCCUUUCACCAGAAUUGCAGGAAGUUUGGAAAUGGAGAGUAGCCCCUGAUUUUGACGGCAAGCUUUCGAGCAGAUACCCUAGACCACAUUUAAACUUAGACGAGAUCAAAUUUAUAGACAACUGA